CAUGUUGCACAUGCACUGGUCAUGAGACUUGGGUGGUUCCUGCUAUUGUGCAAAUAGGAUAGAGAUACUUUGUAUAACUUUGAAAAUCUUAACUGCAUGAACUGGGUUCUCCAAUGACCGCAUGAAGAUCUGAUAUCCACCUGAGAAAAUGUUUCAGAUCCUCACAAUUCUGUUGCUGGAUACACAGCUCUCCAUGGUUUCAGCUUUAUUUACAGUUGAAGUUCCUCAACAGCUCUACAUUGCAGAGUAUGGGAACAAUGUGACUAUGGAAUGCAGAUUCCCUGUGAAUGGCUCAGUAAAUCUAGAACUCCUAACUGUUGUUUGGGAGCAGAAAAGGCCAGGCUGGUUGAAAUCAAAAGAGGUGUAUACACUCCGCAAUGGGAAGGCAGUCCCUCCAUCCCAGCAUCCUGAUUACAUAGGAAGAGCAUCACUUCUGCAGAGUGAAUUGAAGCUGGGACGAGCUAUCCUUCAGAUCAUCAGUGUGAAGAUCACAGAUGCGGGAUCAUAUCUUUGUCUCAUUAACUACCAGGGUGUGGACUACAAGUAUAUUACUUUGGAAGUAAAAGCAUCCUACAAGAGAAUAAACACUCAAGUAAUGAGAAAACCAGGUGAAGACAUGUUUGUUUUUAUGUGCCAGUCAGAAGGCUUUCCUCUGGCGGAGGUUUUUUGGCAAAAUGAGAAGAACUUCAAUCUCAGUGGACCUGCAAAUACCACCUAUACACUGACUGCAGAUGGCCUCUACAAUGUCACCAGUAUCCUGACAUUCAAACCAAAUAUGAGUGAGAACUACAGCUGUGUGUUCUGGAAUAAAGAACUGAAUGGAGAAACUUCAGCUCAUAUUUCCACUUCAGCUUUAAUGAGUACACAGAACAGCGGACAAAAAUCCCUGAUGUCAUUUAUCAUCCCCACAUGUGUGACUGUAGCGGUCCUUCUUUCUGCACUAAUAAUAUUUCAGAAGAGAAAAUCAUUCAAGAAUGGGCAAUCCAGAAAAGGCAGGAAAAGAAAACUGAACCCUAACCCGAAAGAUGAAAACAGAGAUGAUUCUAACACUCAAACUGAGGCUUUGUACUUGUCAACUGUCACAGCUUCAAGAGACAGUGAGAUUUGGUUCUGUGAAAACUCUUCAUCUUAUAUGCCAUAAUUUGCACUUCUUGUAUCUGUUUUUGGGGACUUCAAAGGAAAUUACAGCACUUUAGCCUUGGAUAAACAGUGAACUCAUGGGGAUGUACUUGCACUUCAGCUAUAGAAAGCCAUGCCUCUUCAGAUAUCUUGAAGUUACUGGGAAUUAUGCUGUCAUGAGAUGUGGUUUACCACUGUGAAGAGGUCAUCUGAGUGCCUUUGAUACACUUUACUUUUGGACUUACUGUUGCUCAAGGAAUUUUUGUUUAAGAAUGCCCUUAUUAACUGCUUCAGUCUCAGGAAUGGUGCUCGGAUUCAAACAUUUUGUGUGAAUUUGAAUAAAAGUUGU